AUGACUUUGAAUCAGAUCGUAUUACUGAUUUUUGGAGAUAACGCAUAUUCCACCUACUUUGGACGUGUCUGGCUAUUGGUAUAUGUGUAUAGAGUCUUAAUCUACUUUAUAUCUGCCCAGUACGUCUGGAUCGAUAAUUUUGAGUGCAACACACUCCAGCCAGGCUGCACCAAAGUCUGCUAUGACUCUGCCUUCCCCAUCUCCCCCAGCCUGUUAUGGGCCCUACAGCUUGUUGCCAUCACCUGUCCCUCUCUGCUGGUACGGUGCUACAUGAAGGAACACAUACAGAAAAAACGCAGGAACACCAACGGCCACAGGGGGGCGCACUUGAAUGAGAAGAAGAAGCAGCGCAGCUUGUGGUGCAUGAACCUGAUCAGCCUGGUUCUGAGGGCUGCUUUGGACGUGGGCUUCCUUUACCUCCUCUAUCAUAUCUACGACGGCUACGUCAUACCCAGGCUCUUUAGCUGCCAGCUGCCGCCGUGUCCGAACGUCGUGGACUGUUACAUUUCACAUCCCACCGCAAAGAAGAUCUUCUCGCUCUUAAUGGUGGUGAUGGCGAGCGUCUGCAUUGUCUUGUGCUUCUGUGAGAUUAUCUACCUGAUCUACCAGAAGAUCAUCAGGCUGCACAAGAAGAACCACCAGCAGACAUUUGCUGAGAGUCAUGAGUUCGGCGAGCUGGUACUGCCCGGGACCGACCCGACCGCUUCCAGAGCUCUCCCAAAACCCCCACAUCCCGACUGGCUCUGA